UAUUCGGAUUUUCAUAAAUCUUCCCAAGCCCUACGAGGGAGGGUUUAAGAAGAGUGUUGUACAGUACUUGUACCCCAGAAGCCAGAAAUGGAGUCAAAGGCCCUGCGGAUAACAUGCCUUCCUCUUCUUCCCACACCCCGCUACCCCCUUCCGUCCUUCUUAAAACUUUCGCUACCAUUUCUUAACUCAAUUCCUCUAAGAAUCAAGUCUCUCCCGCCCGCAGCUCUUAACAGAUGCAAGACAACCCAAGAACAAGACCUUUAUGAUGGGAUUGCCCCAGAGUUCUUUGAUGAUGAUGAUGGCGAUGGGCUUCCCCCGGAGUUCUAUGAUGAUGAAUGGCAAGCCAAGCAAAGGGAGAAAACCAAAGAGUUGCAUAGGUUGCGUCAACUGGAAGAUGAAGAGGAGGAAAAGAAGGUUGAUGAAUAUCGGGAAAUUGGUUUGCGGUUGAAAGAUUAUCCUAUAAAAGACCUUUGCAAGGCCAGGAAAUUGGUAUCUAGCUUUAUUAGAUCAGCUGAAGAAGUUGAAGAGAAAAUUGAGGAAGCUGCGGAAAAAGGUGAACUAACUGAACUUGUUCUGAUGGUAAUAUGGAAUCGCCUCGAUCUCGCCAAGCGUGAUGAUGAGAAGGAUGCAGUUCGAAGUCUUGAUCUCUUAUACAGGCGGGUUGAGAUGGAAAUUUUGAAACGUGAGGCUACUCCGGCCAUGAGACUGCUCAAUGAUCUUCUGAAUAUGUAUGAUGGAUUUGACGAUGAAGGGUGGCUCAAGAAAUGUAAAAAAGUUAUGGUCGAAACAUUUCCACGGGAGGAUCCAUUCAGUAUUCUUGUACCUGCAGGGUUUGACAUGGAGAAGCAUGAAGGCCCGGUGAGACCAAAUCUAGAAGCCGAUGAUGAUGUACUUCUAAGAGUAGAUUUCGUGAGAGAGGUAGAUGCGCUGCUACAGGAGGUUCGAGGGGAAGAAAUCGAAGCAGUAAACGCUCAAGGGCUCGAUGCUGAAUCGGUUGCAGUUAGGUUGAAGAAACAGGAGAAGCAAAGAGCCAUUAACCAAGUGGAAGCUAUUUUAGAUGUGGCCAUUAAUUUGAAGUGGUAGUAAACAGAAGAAGCAUAACCUGCCUUCUUCCCCUCCAUGUAUCUCUUGAAGGAUUGAAAUGAAUGGAACACAACCAAGGACAUAUUAAUCUUAAUCUGUGUAUAUUGAAAGGGGUGUUUAUUUUUCAGUUCCA